AUGUACCUUUCAACGGUAUCAACGCUCUUUCUAUUUUUACCUCUCCUGAUAUCCGCCAGCUCGAUUGGAUCAUUGACUAUCACACGACCAUUAUCACAACAAUACCCACCUGUCGGACGAGUGGAUCAAUCGUUCACAUGGACAUUCUCCAACGAGACGUUUUCACCUUCAAAUGACUUGACUUACACGGCAUUCAAUUUACCUUCAUGGCUUUCUUUUCAAGGUAGUACAUGUACAUUCACAGGUAAACCAACUUCCGAUGACAUUGGUAAUAAUCGUUUAGUACAGAUUACAGCUACUACGAUAGAUGGUCAAUCUACAAUAUCAGAUUAUAUAGAUCUAUUGGUAUCUGAACAUGAAAAUAAAAUACAAAUAGGACAUGCAAUUUCAGAUCAAUUAUUUGGAAACAACACAAGUACAAGUUCAACUCCUUCCAAAAUCGCCUCCGCCUAUCCAUAUAACAAUGUAUCACCUUAUUAUCCAGGUGUGAGAGUACCACCUAAUUGGUCAUUUUCACUUGGAUUUACGCCGUCAACAUUUACUGCUCCCACUCGAGUAUUCUACUCUGCUUCUUUGAUCGAUGGAUCUCCAUUACCAGAUUGGUUGGUAUUCAAUAAUCAGACAGUCACUUUUGAUGGUGUCUCUCCUCCCGAUUCAAAUGGUCAAAUAUAUCGGAUAAUCCUUUCAGGUUCAGACACAUUUGAUUACUCGGAUAUACAACAAAGUUUCACUGUAGUCAUCUCAUCUCAUGAUAUCCAACAGACCACAAAUAUGGUUAUCAACAUGACCAUAGGUUACAAUGGUGAAGUCGGACUCAAAAAUAUCCUCAAGAAUAGUUUGACUCUAAAUGGACAACAAAGUUUUGACAUAAGUGAAUUGUCAAAUAUUCAAGUGGAUACUACUGGUAAUGGCUGGUUGACCUAUCAUUCAGCCAACAUGAGUAUAAGUGGUACUCCAUCCUCCAAUCAACAAAGUAUAGCAUUACCGAUAAGCAUAACGGAUAAAUAUGAUGAUAUCCUCAAUACAACAAUACAAGUGGCUCUCUUCCCUUCGGUAUUCAAAGAUGAUAAACCGGAUCCAAUGAUAAUCGAGGUUGGUAAAUUGAAUAAUAUUUCCCUUACUCAAUUUCUCAGUAAUUCGACUUUGGAUAAUAUCAAUAUCACAACUACGUUUGAUCCUAAAGAUGCUGGAUCAUGGCUUUCUUUAUCUCCCGAUCAGAAAUCUUUGUCAGGUAUACCGCCUGAUGAUACAUCUUAUGAUUCGGUUUCGGCAAUGCUACACGCUCAGGAUUUGACGACCAACGCAUACUCAAAAUCGGUUUUGACCUUUUCGUUGUUUUCCAAUGAUACUUGGAUUUCUCAUACGCACCCUCAUCAGCAUUCUCACGGUUUAUCAAAGGGUACUCAAGUGGCUAUUGGGAUAGUUUGUUCUCUGGUUGGAGCUCUACUUCUUGGUUUCCUACUCUUACAAUGUCGACGAAGAAGAGCUUCUUCAGCCUUGGCGAGAGGUAUGGAAGAUGGUCAAUAUACGACUUCGCCAAUACCUGAAGAAGGUAAAUGGUCAUAUGAAGCUGCCGAGACUCCUGCAUUGGAAUACGUCGAGAAGAUGGGUGGUGAUCCAGCUACUGCACAAAUGUUAGUUCUCGGUCGGAUCGACGGUGGAUCUUCAGAGACUGUGGUCAACACCGUUCCUCACCUACGCAGCGCAAGCGGUGCAUCAUCAACUUCAAACAAGGUAAAGAAAUCAUUCCUUUCUAAUCCAUUCGCAAAAGGAAAUAAAAGGAUCUUACCUAAAAUCAGUAAUCCAAUUAUAAUGCCUUCAUUAAGUAAUGCGGCAUUCCAAGCUCAACUUGCCGCGGCAGUAGAUAAAGCUGGAAUCGUUGAUAGAUCCCAGACGACAUAUUCCACUUCAACCCAAUCAGAUCACAAUGACCAUGAGCAAGAUCAUGAUCGUUCUCAAUCAGAGAGUGAAUUCACAGCUACGCCAUCAUACAUAUCAGCAAGUCAAAUUGAUCGAUCCUCAAACAAUGGAUCUAAAUUAUCACAAAGAUCAGAUAUGACAGGUGAUCAGUCUUUAUUAUCAAUUGAUCGAUCCACUACAUUGACCGAUGAUUCAAAGUUCAAUGGUGGGAAUACCACUAGAAGUGGUCAAUCUUCAAGAGCAAGUUGGGAAUCCGAACCACCUUUCAUAUGGACGACAGGUGAUACACCUCAUAACAAUCAAGAUGGUAAUUCAAGUUUCAGAAGUUCAUCAAGAAGUUCCUCAAGAACAAAUGAAACUAGAAACUCAAUUUUAUCAACAACAAUUGAUCCUAAUGCACCUACACAAAGAUCAGAUUUCAAGAUUACGAAUAUCCCAAUAAUACAUUCAUCAAAAUCGUUGAAUAAAAAUGUUCUUAUGACAAGAUCCAAUUCACCCAUUGAUUCAUUGAAUGAUAACGAAGGAAUAAGUAUUGAUAACAUUCAUUUCCCAACGGAUUCAGAUUUAGCUCAUACCGAAACUUCUUCAUUAUCGGGAGAUGAUCCAAAUUCAGGUGUCAUUAUACAAACUGCUUCAAGAGUUGAUGCUAGACGUACAUUGGAUUCACCAGCAGCAGCAAGUUUAGCUAGUAGUCAUACUGAAAGAGGUGCGCCUAGUCCGGUAAUGACCACACAUUCGAGGUUGGUCAGUUUUGGUAAACAAAGAAAUGUUCAAGUGGAGCAAGGUAAAGGAAGUAUGAGUCAUUCAGCUGUAAUAGAAGCAGGAAGUAUAGGUUUAGGUAUUGGAAUUGGAAUUAGCCAUGUAGUUGCAAAUGCCAAUGGAGCUUCGCACAACCAGACUCCACCUACAAUAAUAAGAAAACUUCAUACACCUAGUCCACCACCUGAAAGUCCAUUACCUCAACCACCUAUAAAAGCAAUCACUAGACCUAGACAAUCAGGUAGUUCAUCAUCUUCAAGAUCACCUACUCCACCAACAAGUUUACCUUCUUUACCUGCCUUACCAACUUUACCAUCAACGACGUCUACUGCAUCUAAAAAAUCAAAACCUAGAUCUGCAUCACCUUUGGCAAGUCCACAGAGAAUAUUGCUGGGUGUUUUAGAACCUUUCCAUUUUUAUCCACCUUUAUCAAUCUCACCAUCAAACUCGACUUCAACCACAGCUUCUUCGAUACGUAGUGGAGAUGUAGAAUAUUUGGCAUUUGUGGAGAAGAAGUCAACUAGUCAAAGGAAAUCAACUGAAUUGGUGGAUUUACCAGAUUGGCUCCAUUUCGAAGACGGUGAACUUUGGGGUGUACCCAAACAACAAGAUAGGGGCGAAGUCGAUAUUAGGAUUAUAGAGAAACGGGGUGAAACUGAAAGAGUUGUAGGAAGAUUUUCUUUAGAGGUUGUUGGACGAUAA